UUUGCGACGCCAAAAACAUAUGUUUUCUGUUUAUUAAAAGAAAGAAAAUGAGCGAGAAUCCGCAAGCAGAUAAAAACUGCAAACUAGAUGCGAAUGAAGUGCUAAUAGAGGAAAUCGACAGCAACGAUGUGCCGGAGAACGAAUUAGCACAGUUUGAGCUGACGGAACCGCUGCGCAUAGUGGAAAUCAUCGACUUGGAGGAAGACGAAGACCCGGCGUCGCAGUCAAGCGAAGCCGCAAAGGCGGCCGCUGAGGAAGGCGCACUAAUCAGACGCUAUGUGCAGGGCGUUCAGUGCCUGGAGUUUCCCGAUUUCUGCACCAAACUCGAACCCGGCGACGAGGAGGACGAUGACGAGGCAGCACACUUGGCGGCCAAAAAGAGCAAUGAACAGCCAGAGGCCUCCACGAGCGCCGCUGCAGCAGCUGCUAGGCAAUUGACCCCAACGAAGGCGCAGUCGAAGAACACGUUUGGCGGCCGCACUGGAUCCGGUGGUGGUGGCGGUGGCGGAGGCGGUGGCAGUUUGGGUCGCCGCAGUCAACUGAGUGCCGCCUUGGUAGGCCUCAUGGGCGAGGCGAAUUUGUCGUUUGCAUAUGGACGCUUCGAUAUGGCCGAGCGCAUUUGCAUGGAAAUCAUACGGCAGAAUCCUCUGGCCAGCGAGCCCUUCUACACGCUGGCCGAGAUCUACGAGAAUCGCGAUGAGGUCAAGUUCUUGCAUUUUUCCACAAUAGCAGCGCAUCUAAAUCCUCAGGAUCGUGACAUGUGGAUACGUAUCUCGGAUCUACUGGUGCAGCAAGGACAUCUGGCACGCGCGCGCGUCUGCUACACGAAAGCCAUCAAAGUGCUGCCCAAGGACUAUCUGCUGCGGCUGCGCAAGGCACAGCUCUUGGAGCGCAUGGGCGAGACAAAUGCGGCAAUGUUUACGUACUUGAAAAUGCUGCCGCUUAUGCCGUCGGGUGAGUGGAGCUUGUGCCUCACCACUGGCAAAAAUGUGGCACGUUAUUUCCAUGUGCUCGAGAAGCACAGCAUUGCACUAGAGGCUAUGGAGGGCACGUACUGUGUGUGUGGCGCACGCUUCUCAGUCGAGGAUCUCAACAUCUAUCUAGAGCUGCUCAUACUCAAUAAGCAAUACACCAAAGUGCUGCGCUGUUUGCGAGAGCGCACCAAACUGGAGCUGGAGACGGAGCAGGAGAGCCUGGAGCUCAUCUACUUCUGUCACAUACCCGACGACUAUGUGCCCGAGCUGCGUGCCAAGCUCUGCGUCAGCCUCAUACACAUGCACGCACAUCAUUUGCUCGGCUAUAUUGUGCAGAAUGUGCAGGAGCAUAUUGCACCGACUGUGGAUCGCCUGGAACUGUAUAUGGACAUUACCGAGGCGCUGAUGCAGGAGCACAAAUAUGCCGAGGCGAUUGCUCUAAUGCGCCCCAUUACCGAUGCCGACUCCUUUGAUUGUCCCGCUUUCGUUUGGCUGCGUCAGGCCGAGUGCUUGCGUCAACUGAAUCGCACCCAGGAGGCCAUCCAGAGCUAUGGGCGUGUUGUGCAGCUGGCCCCGUAUUGCUAUGAGGCCAAGUUCACGCUGUCGGCACUGCUCAAGCAGCAGGGCAGACCGGAGGAGGCGGUCAAGGCACUAGAGCAAUCUGGCGAACAGGAGGGACAGCCACUGCAUGCGCGCCUGCUCUACGAGCGCUGCAUAAUGCUGCAGCAGAUCAACCGCAUCGAUGAGUUUCUUGAUGUUGGCUAUGUGCUACUGGGCCGACACUCGAUCAAGCUGAAGAAUCGCGAGGAGAUGAUGGCCGCUUCCAAUGGCGGCGGCGCCUACAACACCGAGGGCCUCAAGGCUAUCAUGCAAAUGCGCAGCCUCUCCGAUGUGGCGAGCGGCACUGAAACGGAGCAACAGGACACACUGAAGAACACUGCUAAUGCUGAGGGUUCCGAUCUGACCAUUACGAACGAGUACGAUCUGUUCCUGGAACUGGUGCGCACUGCCCAUGCGCAUGGCAUGCACAGCGCCAUUGAGCGCAUCUGCUUCGCCAUGGUGACCACGAAGCGUUUCACCUACUAUCACUACGAGAUCGAGCGCCUAAUGAUUCUCGCCUGCUAUUUUAAUCACGACUGCGCCAUCGGAUUCUCGUAUCUGCGCGAGCUGAUUGCCAAGCAGCCGGAGCUCGUCAAUCUGUGGAACAUGCUGUCGCUGAUGGUGCAGCAGGGCGAUGAGGUGCGCUACUUUCGGUACGCACGACGUCUGCUCCAGCGUCAUCCGAAAGUCACCCAGCCCAUGCGCCUGUUUUUGGGCCACUACCACCUCAACUGCAGCUCGUACAAGUAUGCCCUGAAUGUUUAUGUGCCCAUACUGCGCGAGCAACCGCAUCCGCUGGUCGCCCUCUCUAUAGCCGUUGUCUUUAACCAGCUGGCGCUGCAGAAGAAGGUGUUGCGCAAAUCGGCAGCUGUUGCCCAAGCGGUAGCAUUUGCUCUACGCUAUGCGGAACUGCGUGGAGGGGGCAGCCCUGACAAAGGCAACGAUGUACCAGACUCAAGUGCUGCCCAGCAGGAGAUCUACUACAACAUUGGACGCAUCUAUCAUCAGGCAAACAUUCUGCAUCUGGCUACCGAUUAUUAUGAGCGCGCUUUGGCCGCACAGCAUCCGCUGAUAAAGAAGCAUGACUCGGUUUUGGGACUGCAGCAUGAGGUGGCCUUCAAUCUUCAUCUAAUCUACCGAGCCAGCGGCAAUAAGUGGAAGGCGCGACAGUGUCUAAUGCGUUACUGCGUUAUCUAGGCAUUAAGUAUAACUUAUUUAAUUUUAUAUACCCUAUAAAUCAAUCCUUACCAACCAGAGAUCGGAGAUUGGUAUUGAUAACCCUCUGAAGUUUUGUUAAUUUUUGUAUUUAUAUUUUAAUAUUAAAUCAGGACGGAACAGGACAAUAAAUGUAUGUUUCAUGUGAGA